GUCACUGUCAAAACAUUUCCCCUCUACGCAACGGGCGCGUAUAAAGAGUCUUUUGGUGGAUUAAGACGCUUCUACACAUUGAAUCAACGUCAAACGUUGUAGUUGCCUUACAUUAAUCAACGCAAUGGCAAGCACGCACAACCUCCAAGCUUCGAAGCUGUUCUCGGUCAAGGACUAUGUCUGCGUAGUCACUGGUGGUGGCUCGGGCAUUGGCCUGAUGGCUGCACAAGCCUUGGCUGCCAACGGUGCAAGAGUGUACAUCACAAGUCGUCGCCAGGAAGUCCUUGAGACGGCAGUAAAGAGCCACGACCCCAAGGAAGGAGGCUCGAUUAUUGCACUCAGCCCGUGUGAUGUCACCAAGAAGGAGGACCUUGAAAAGAUGUAUGCAGAGCUGUCAAAAAAGGAGAAGUACAUCAACCUUCUCGUCGCUGCAGCGGGCAUCAGCAGCGCAAAGGCCGAGCCUGACGCGGAGAAGGCCACCGAAAUGAAGCAGAAGCUCUGGGACAACGAAACCUUCGAGGACUGGGCCAACACCUACAACACCGAUGUCAGCUCCGUAUACUUCACUACUGUGGUUUUACUGCCCCUUCUCCAGGCAGGCACCGAGACCCACGGCCACCUGUCAGCGUCAGUCAUCGUCAUCAGCUCGAUGUCUGGUAUCAUGCGCCACGCCCAAGGCCACUUCAGCUACAACGCCGCAAAGGGCGGCACUGUCCACUUGACCAAGCUCAUGUCGGCUGAGUUCCAGAAGAUCAGGGUCAGGGUCAACUCCAUUGCUCCUGGCUACUUCCCCUCGGAGAUGACAGCAAAGGAGAGCGACGAGAAGCAGAAGAGCCAUGUGCCAGAUGAGAAGAUCCAGGAGAAGGGCCACGUUCCUCAGGGCCGCGCUGGUCAGGAUGAGGAGAUGGCACAGGCCGUGCUCUUCCUCACCAAGAACACAUAUGUCAACGGCGAGAUCAUCGCUGUCGAUGGUGGUGUUCUCAACGUUGUUGCCGGACGGUAAGCGGCGACUCUUGAUUCAUGAAUGAUGGUAUUGCAUACUGGCGGCGCCUGGCGAGAACACGGACAGUUGAAAGAUUAUGAUGAUGAAGCACAAUAAAAGCAACGAUAGCCUGUCAAAGGAGAUUAUGCACAGCCUUAC